AUGAAUGAGCUAAAUGAGGUGGAUGAAGAUGCAUUCAAAUGGCUGCAAUCUCACUCAACAACUAUCUGGGCUAGGCAUAUGUUUAAAAGUGAUGGCCAGAGUGACACAGUCCUGAACAACAUGUGUGAAAGCUUCAAUAGCACGAUAACUAAGUUCAGGAGCAAACCUAUAAUCACCAUGUUUGAGUGUAUUAGGCUAUAUCUGAUGACUAGAUUUCAAGCAAACAGAGAAAUGAUUAUGAAGGUGGAAUCUGAGUUGUGUACUAAGAUAAGGAAGAGGCUGUACAAGGAGAAGUUGGCAUGCAGCAAGUGGAUAGCAUGUUGGGCUGGUCGUAUGAAGUUUGAAGUGAAGAAUGGGCCGGAGAGUUUCAUUGUGGACUUAGAAGAGAAGAAAUGCAGCUGUAGGAAGUGGGACAUAGUUGGCAUACCAUGUUGCCAUGCCAUUUCUUGUAUAUUUUUCAACAGAGAAGAUGCUAAAAAGUAUGUCAAUGCUUGUUACAAAAGGACUACCUACAUUGAUUGCUAUGAACCCAUUAUAGAGCCCAUCAAUGGCCAGAAUAUGUGGGGACCUAGUGGACUGCCAUCUAUGCAACCCCCUAUCAAGAGGAAACCUCCUGGCAGGCCUAAGAAGAAGAGGGCACUGGAGCCUGAUGAACCUAGAAGUCACAGAAAAAAUAGAGGCCUAGGCAUCUCAAAACAAUGCAAGUUAUGUGGGAAAUUAGAACACAACAAGAGGAGCUGUAAGGGAGAAGUAGGAGGGAACUCCUCCUUGCUUGGGAGUGCAUCCCAAGCUAGUAGGACCACUAGGAGGGCAGCCAAGGAUGCUCAGCCAACAGUACAUAGGGCACAACCAAGCUCUAAUGAUGAUGUGACCACAAGUGCACCUCCACCCCCCACUGAUAACCAAUCCAAUCCAAGACCAAAAAGACAGAGGAAGAGAAGUGCAGUCACUACUGAGACCUUGAAUGCAACUGGGAAUGCAACUGGGAAUGCAGCAAGAUAUAUGGCAGCAAUGAGAUCUGUUAAAAGAUAGCAAACUGAAGCAGGACCU